AUGCUAAGGAACUGUCCCGAAGCAGUGGCGUUGGCAUCAUUUAGUCUUGCUGCUGUUGGGUUUGUUGGUGGCCUCGCUUGUUACCAUGGCCAUCUAAUUGCUAUAAAUCAGACAGCUUAUGAAAAUUUUCAGCAACGCUAUGUGGGCUCUAGAAACCCAUAUGACAAUGGAUUUAUAAGUAAUGUCAAGGAGGUUUUACUUGUGCCAAUGCCACCUUCUAGAGUUGAUUUCCGAGCAGAAGUAACACAAAAUCGUUUGAACUCUGUAAUAGUGGUGUAA